AUGAGUGAAUAUAAACUACUACCGAGUCAUGAACAAUAUGAUAAUUACGGUAACACAUCAUUAAUCAUUAAAUUGAUUGACAUGACUGGUUUAUUAAACAUUCCAAGGUUGAUUUUAUCAAAAAAUUUUGAAAUACGUCUAAAUUUAUCAUCAUUAUUAUUGAUUAUAUCAUCAAUAGCUAUUAUAACUUUAUUGGUGAUUAGAUAUAAAUAUUUAACCGGGUAUUCUAAAGAUUUGGAUAACAAAGGAAAUCGAUCAAAUUUGUCAAACACCACAAAUAAAACAGAUAAAAUUCUGAAACAAAAUCCAUCAAACUUAUUUGUUGAUAAAAAAAAGGAUGAAAAGACGGGCAAUUAUCUUGACGAGUUUUUAAUGGCUUUGAAAGUAUUUGGGUAUCUAGAUAAAUCUGUAUUUCAUGAACUUACAAAAAGUAUGACAACUCAAAAAUUAUCAAGAGAUGAAAUUUUAUGUUUGGAUGAAAAAAUUGGUUUUUCAAUAGUUGUUGAAGGUACUGCUCAAGUUUAUACCAAAAUAGCUAAAAAGAGUAAUUUAUUAAAAGAUGACUACAAAAAUGAUGGUGAUUUUUUUGAAGUUGAUGACUACCAGGAAAAUGAUGAAUUUUUUAAACUUGGUGAUCAAAGUUAUAUAUUAUUAAAUGAAGUUAAAAGUGGUGCUCCAUUAAGUUCAUUGAUAUCUACUUUAGAAUUGUUUAAACCUAUGAAAAAUGAUUUGAUCAGUACUCCAAUUGAAGAAGAUGGCCAUAUAGAUGAAUUGAAUUUAAAUUUUACUGAUAAAGCAGGUGCAAAAUUAAAAGAAAAUUUAGAGGUGGUUCAUGAAAAAGUUGAAGAAGAUAGUUAUCCAGAAAUCAUAGUAAGACCAAAAAGAAAGAAACAUAUGGACACUAUAACUGUUGCUAUAAUACCUCAUUCUGCAUUUGAAAGGGUCCAAAUUAAAUAUCCAAAAGCUACUUCACAUAUUGUUACAAUGGUUCUAAUUAGAUUGUAUAAAGUUACCAUGAGUACAAUUCAUAAUUAUUUGGGUCUUACUGGAGAAAUUUUCAAACUGGAAACUGAAUUAAAUAAAUCUACAAAUUUGAGAUUACCUAGGUACUUGGUGGAUGGACUUGUUGAAAGAUUAAAUCAAGGUAAUGAUAAUGCAAAGAGAAGUGUCAAACAUUAUAGAGUGAGUCCACCAUUAGUAAGAGCAUCAUCAAGAUACGUACUAUUGAAUUCAAAAGUCAAAAGUAAUAACCCUGGUGAUUUAUUAUCCUCAGUACCUAUAUCAAGAGAUGACCCGAAUCAAAAAUUACACAAAACAUAUUCAUCAUUAUAUAUGGAAGAUGGUAAAAGAAUAAACUUUACAGAUAAUAUAGAAGAAACAGAAGAUAAUUCAUUGCGUAUUGCAAUUGUGGAAAAUAUUUUCAAAUUUGUGGGCAUUGAUGAUUGGAAUUAUUUUCAAGAAACUGCACAUUUCCAAAGUUUGAGUUCUUCUGCCAAUAGUUCAAUUGUUGGGUUGAAUAAUAUUGCAAAUUUGACCAAAAGUCCAAAAUUGAAUGGCAAUUAUCACAAUGUAUUUAAAUUUGAUACAGAUGAAAAUCUAAUGAAUACAAUAAAUGUUUCACAAUUAAAAAAUAAUUUUACACCACCAACUUCAAAUCAAUCACCAUAUUUGAAACCACACUUUAAAAGAAAAAACCCAUUGACAGGGAUGAAUAUUAAAGAUGCAUUCGCUAAAGUGUUGGAUUUAAAAUACAUUGAACCAGAUACCACUGUUGUUCAACAAAAUUCAGUUAAAUGUGGGCUAUACUAUGUCAUUGAUGGUUCAUUAGAGGUACACUAUAAACACCUGGAAAUUUACUCACAACCAGCACUUUCAAAAUACGUAUAUACUGUAACUGAAGGUGGUGUGGCUGGUUAUCUUUCAUGUGUUGUUGGAUUUAGGUCAUUAGUGUCUAUCAAGACACCUAAAAAAUCAGGAGCAGUUGUUGCUUACAUUUCUAAAAAUGAUUAUAAUCAAUUACUUGAUAAAUAUUAUUUUUUGCAAUUACCAGUUGCUAUAAAAUUAAAAAAGCUUUUAUCUAAGCAAAUUUUAACUAUUGAUUAUGCAUUAGAAUGGUGUCAUAUUCCUGCAGGUAAUGUCUUGUGCUCACAAGGAGAUCUAGCUAACGGAUUUCAUGUUGUGUUGAGUGGUAGGUUUAGAGUUGUUAGAACAAGUAAAAAGAAAAACUCAGAUAAAGAUGAUGUGGAAGUUUUAGGAGAAUACGGACAUGGAGAAUCAAUUGGAGAAGUUGAAGUAUUAACAGCAUCAAGAAGAUCAAACUCUCUAGUAGCUGUUAGAGAUUCAGAAACUGCAAGGAUUCCAAGAACUUUAUUUGAAAUGUUAUCUUUUCAGAAUCCAUCAAUUAUGGUUAAAGUAUCAAGAUUAGUUGCUGCAAAAGUUCUAUCUUCUGAAAAAUCUAUAAAUCAAUCAUCUCAUAAUUUCAUUACCUCAACAAGUAGCGAAAGUUUUAUAUCUGCUAAUUAUAAGACAAUUACAAUCUUACCAACGGUAUCAGGUUUACCAGUUCGUGAAUUUGCUGAGAAGUUAGUGCAUGCUUUGAAAAAUAUUGGAAGAAAUGUUAUAGCAUUAGAUCAGGCAUUAACUUUAACUCAUCUAGGAAGACAUGCUUUUGAUGAAGGAUUAGCAAGAUUAAAAUUAUCAGGUUAUUUUGCAUACCUAGAGGAAGAAUACGAAACAAUUGUAUAUAUUUGUGACACACCGGUACAAUCAAAUUGGACUUCAACCUGUAUUGCUCAAGGUGAUUGUAUAUUAUUAUUAGCUGAUGCGGAAGAUGAGGAAACUGCAUUAUCAAUUGGUGAUUAUGAACAACUACUUAUCAAGAUGAAAACAACUGCAAGAACUGAUCUUUGUCUCAUACAUCAGGAAAAAUUUGUAGUUUCUGGAUCAACAAGUCAAUGGUUGAAAAAUCGAGUUUGGGUACAAGGUCAUCAUCAUAUUCAAAUGUAUAUUGAAAGAAAUAAUGAUACAAUGGGACCAAGCAAAAAAUCUUUCAUAAGUGAUUUAGCGGCAAAACUUUCACAAAAUAAAGCUAUAAUGUCGAAAUUUGAAGAUGCUACUAGUAGAGCGUUUAAAUGGAGUUCAAAAGAUCAACAAAAGAAGAUAACUGUAAAAUCUCAUAGAAAUGAUUUUUUGAGAUUAGCUAGAAUUUUAUCUAAUGAAGCUGUUGGAUUAGUUUUAGGUGGUGGUGGAUCAAGAGGAAUUGCUCAUGUUGGUGUUGUUACUGCAUUAGAAAGACAUGGAAUACCUAUAGAUUUAAUUGGUGGUACUUCAAUUGGAUCAUUUGUUGGUGGGCUUUAUGCUAAAGAUUAUAAUAUAGUUUCAAUUUAUGGUAGAGCUAAGAAAUUUUCCAAAAGGGUUGCUUCGCUUUGGAGAAUGCUAUUCGACUUGACAUACCCCGUCACAUCAUAUAUUACAGGUUAUGAAUUUAAUAGAGGUAUAUGGAAAGUUUUUGGUUUUGUUGAAAUUGAAGAUUUUUGGAUAAAAUAUUUUUGUAAUUCCACUAACAUCACGAAUUCAACAAUGGAUAUACAUGAAUCAGGUUAUGCGUGGAGAUUUAUUCGUGCAUCAAUGUCAUUAGCUGGAUUAUUACCUCCUAUUGCAUUUAAAGGGUGUAUGCUUUUAGAUGGUGGAUAUUUAGAUAAUUUACCCGUGAUGGAAAUGAAAAGACGUGGCGCUAAACAUAUUAUUGCAGUUGAUGUUGGGUCAGCUGAUGAUAGAACUCCAAUGAAUUAUGGGGACACUUUAAGUGGAUUUUGGGUAUUAUUUAAUAGAUGGAAUCCAUUUUCAAAACAUCCAGAUAUUCCAAAUAUGAUGGACAUUCAAAUGAGAUUAGCUUACGUUGCUAGUGUUAAUGCUUUGGAAGAAGCUAAGCGUGCUCCCGGGGUAUAUUAUUUACGUCCGCCUAUUGAUAAUUAUGCUACUUUAGAUUUCGGUAGAUUUGAUGAAAUUUAUCAAGUUGGAUUGGGUUAUGCUGAUAAAGUUUUCACUCAGUGGGAGAAUGAAAAUCAAUUACCUAGAAUUGCUGGGUUUGUAGAAAAAGAUAAAAUUAAGGAAUUUGGAGAAAGAAAAGUUUAUAGAAGAAAUUCCAUAUAG